AUGAAGGAUGAACUUGAGAUUCCAAGCAAUCACUGUGACAACCCUGCUUUCCAGCUAGAUGAAACUACUACACAAAAGGGCCAUUUAAAGAGCAAGAAAAUAGAGAAAAAUGAGACUGCUAAGAAGAAAGAGAAGCAGAUGGUUGGAUUUUUUGAACUGUUUAGUUUUGCAAGUGUUCUAGAUAUCAUUUUAAUGAUCGUGGGAUCCAUCGCAGCUGCUGCAACAGGAACUGGACAACAAAUUAUCAUCAUUAUCUUUGGUCAGAUGACAAACAGCUUUGUAGGAACUAGUUCUAAUGUGUCUACAGGAAGUGCAGAAAUGAAUAACUCAGCAUGUCCUCAAGCUGCUUCAGAUAUAGAAAAUCAAAUGGCCACGCACGCAUACUACUAUGUUGGAGUUGGCUUUGCCGUAUUGAUCUGUAGUUUUAUUCAAAUCUGGACCUUUGUGACUAUUUCUGCAAGACAAACAGCAAGGAUACGUGACAAAUUCUUUUUUGCUGUUCUUCACCAAGAAAUGGCCUGGUUUGAUACUAUACCAAUUGGGACAUUGAAUACAAGACUGACAGAGGAUAUUAAUACAAUUCACAAAGGCAUUGGAGACCAGUUCAGUAUAAUAAUCCAACAUUUUUCAACACUUCUGACAGGGAUUAUAAUAGGAUUUGUGUAUGGAUGGAAACUGACCUUGGUGAUAUUGUCCAUUUCCCCUCUUAUUGCUGCCUCUGGGGCCACAUGGUCAUACAUACUAUCAGUAUUGACUGCAAAGGAGCUAUUGGCUUACGCCAAGGCAGGGUCUGUGGCAGAAGAAAUUUUGACAGCCAUUAGGACAGUUGUUGCUUUCAAUGGACAGAAGAAAGCUAUACUAAGGUAUGAUGCAAACCUAGAAGAGGCUAGGUCUAUUGCAACAAAAAGGGCUAUCACCACUAAUAUUUCCAUGGGUGUAUCUGAGUUUUUCGUGUAUGGAUGUUAUGCCCUUGCCUUUUGGUACGGAACCAAGCUCACAGUAGAUGAAAAGGAUAAUUAUGAUAUUGGAACAGUAUUAAUUGUUUUCUUUUCUGUGCUUAUUGGUGCAUUUUCCCUUGGACAGGCUUCCCCCAAUUUGGAGAGUUUGGCCAAUGCUCGUGGAGCAGCCUAUGAAGUCUUUAAAAUUAUCAAAAAGCCCCGUCCCAUAGAUAGCAGUUCCACUGAGGGAUUCAAGCUAGAUAAACUCCGAGGAGAAAUUGAAUUCAAAAAUAUCCAUUUCAGUUAUCCUUCUAGGCCUGAUAUUCAAAUUCUUAAAGGUUUGAAUUUAAAAAUACAACCUGGGAAGACCAUUGCUCUUGUGGGUUCCAGUGGUUGUGGGAAAAGCACUACCAUUCAACUCUUGCAAAGAUUUUAUGAUCCAACACAAGGACAGAUUACCAUAGAUGGGCAUGAUAUUCAGACACUUAACGUCAAGUGGAUGAGGGAAAACCUAGGUAUCGUAAGCCAAGAGCCAGUUUUGUUUGCUACUACAAUUGCAGGCAACAUUCGUUAUGGCAGAGACGAUAUUACUGAUGCUGAAAUCGAACAAGCAGCCAAAGAAGCAAAUGCUUAUGACUUCAUAUCUAGUCUUCCUGAUAAAUUUAAUACCAUGGUUGGAGAAAGAGGAGCCCAGCUCAGUGGGGGUCAGAAACAGCGUAUUGCUAUUGCUCGUGCCCUGGCCAGAAACCCCAAGAUCUUGCUGCUGGAUGAGGCCACCUCUGCUCUAGAUAAUCAGAGUGAAUCCAUAGUUCAAGCAGCACUUGAUAAGGCCAGGACUGGGCGCACCACCAUUGUAAUUGCUCACAGACUCUCUACAGUCAGGACAGCUGAUGUUAUUGCUGGCUUUGAGAAGGGUGUUCUGGUCGAACAGGGGACACACAAGGAACUCAUGGCUCAUAAAGGAGUUUACUACGCCCUUGUAAUGCAGCAGGUUGAGCCGUGCACUGGUUAUAAAACUGACAUAUAUAAGCAUUUCAUCAAAGGUGAUGGAGAUGCCAUUAAAUCUGCUAUUCCUUCUCCUCCAUGUCACACCAAUCUGAAUGUGGAACAGCCAGAGCCCCACAAGAAAAGAGUGGCAAAGUACCCGGCCAACUUUGAUCCCAGAGUGACAGCCAAGUAUGAUAUCAAAGCUCUGACUGGCCAAGGGAGCUUUAGUUGUGUGGUACAAGUGGAGCACAAAGCUACCAAGCAACCUUAUGCAAUCAAGUUGAUAGAGACCAAAUACCAUGAGGGGGAGAGAACAAAUUCUGAAAGGAAAAUAUGGUUACUCGGGGGAGCCCUGGCCCAGUCCAAUCUUACUAAAGAUUUCAUUGACCGUCUGCUCACUGUGGAUCCUAGUGACCGGAUGACAGCACUUCAAGCCUUAAAGCGUCCCUGGGUGACUUCUCAGGGAGAGGAACAAGAGAGUGAUACAUCAAAAGAAGAGGCAGAAUUUCAGACUAAGGAUGAAGAUGGUGAAAAUUCUGAGAAAGAAGACUUAAAUGAAAGAGUAGAUCUAAGUGAUUUGGGAAAUCCUGAUGGUGGCAUAGAAGUGGCUAAAAGGGGAAGUUUUCAAAGAAUAUCCAACAGAUGUAGCCUCCAUAGGGCUUCUACUAAAAGAUCCUCUGAAAGGAAAAAGGGGAAGAAACAGACGAAGAAAGCAAAGAAGGACCAUGUGGAAGAGGCCCUCCAAGAGGUUCCUUAUACCAGGAUUCUGGCUCUGAAUAAGCCUGAAUACUGCUAUAUCGUGGUUGGAAUCAUUGCUGCUGCCAUCGGAGGAGGUGUUGUUCCUGCCUUUGCAGUUCUGUUUGGUAAAAUCAUUGGGGCUUUCCAAGAACAAGAUGACGUAAAGAAAAGCCAGAGUACAGUGCUGUAUUCCCUCAUGUUUCUUGUGUUGGGAGUGAUCAGCUUAGUAACUUAUACAAUCCAGGGAUUCGCCUUUGGGAAGUCUGGAGAAGCUCUCACAAUGCGGCUGCGCUCUCUUUCCUUCAAAGCAUUGCUGCAGCAGGAAAUUGGCUGGUUUGAUGAUCACAAUAAUGGUAUUGGAGUUCUGUUGACCAGACUUUCAACAGAUGCUUCUCAAGUUAAAGGAGCUACUGGACGUCGAUUGGCCUUACUAACCAUGACCGUCUUUACACUUCUGACAGCUCUUAUCAUUGCUUUUGUACAUGGUUGGCAAUUAACGCUGCUCAUCCUGGCUUGUAUUCCCUUGAUCAUUAUUGCAAAGGCUAUUCAAGUGAAAUCAACGGCAGGCCAUGCUGCUAAGGAUCAAAAAUCCCUUGAAGAAGCUGGAAGGAUUUCAACAGAAGUUGUAGAAAAUAUAAGAACUGUUGUGGCAUUAACAAGAGAAGAUAGAUUUUUUGAGAAUUACAAAGCAAGCUUAUAUGGACCAUACAAGGACUCACUAAAGAAAGCUCCUAUUAAUGGAUUUUCCUAUGCCAUAGGCCAGUGUUUCAACUAUUUUAUAAAUGCUGCUGUCUUCAGAGUUGGAGCAUGGCUUAUUGCCCACUGUUUUAUGAACUAUGAACAACUGUUUAUAGUCUUCUCAUCGGUGCUUUUUGCUGCAAUGAGUGCUGGCCAAGCUAAUUCUCUUGGACCUGAUUUUAGCAAAUCGAAGGUUUCUGCCCAAAGAAUAUUUCAGCUUUUGGAUCGAAAGCCUCUAAUUGAUAACUAUAAUGAAGAAGGGGAAAAAUUAGAGAAAUUUGAAGGCAACAUUGAAUUCAAAGACAUCCAUUUUGCAUAUCCAACCAGACCAGAAGUUCAGGUUUUGCAAGGGCUCAAUAUAACGAUUAGCAAAGGCCAGACUCUGGCUCUGGUGGGCAGCAGUGGCUGUGGCAAGAGCACAUCCAUUCAGCUUCUAGAGCGAUUCUAUGAUCCCAUUUCGGGACAAGUGAUUGCAGAUGGAGUAGACACCAAAUCUCUACAUAUACAGUGGCUAAGAUCCAGACUGGGCCUCGUGCAACAGGAACCUAUUCUGUUUGACUGCAGUAUUGCAGAGAAUAUCCAGUAUGGAGAUAACAGCAGAGUUGUUAGCCAGGAAGAAAUUGAAGAAGCAGCCAAAGCAGCCAAUAUUCACAAUUUUAUAGAAAAUCUUCCAGAGAAAUACAGUACUCGAGUGGGUGAUAAAGGAGCACAGCUUUCAGGAGGGCAGAAGCAAAGAAUCGCUAUUGCUCGGGCCCUUGUCCGAAAACCUGCAGUUCUGCUUCUAGAUGAGGCCACAUCAGCUCUGGAUACAGAAAGUGAAAAGAUUGUCCAGGAAGCAUUAGAUGAUGCUCGAAAAGGCCGAACCUGCAUUGUUAUUGCUCACCGAUUGUCAACGAUCCAGAAUUCUGACAUCAUAGCAGUCAUCCAGAAUGGCAGAGUAGUAGAACAAGGAACUCACAGCCAGCUGCUGGCACUGGGGGAAUUUUAUUAUGCACUUGUCAAUGCCCAAGUAUCCCAUUAGUUGUAUUUAUAGAGCCAGAAACAGACGUUUUGGAUAAUUUAGACCAAGGUGCAAUAUGACAAACCACUAUUCAGCAAGUCCAAGACAGCUUUGGGUUUUCAGAGAGCAAUCCACUGUGCCACAUUGAAACAGAAGCACUAAUAAUAUGGUGGAAGUGGGUCUGUUGGUCAAAAAUUACACUUUUCGUUCCUAUUU